GCUCUCUUUCCUGCAGCCGCUGCCAGGAAGUUGGAGACGGGGUAGUCACUCUCCGCGCCGCUUCGGCCGGCGCUGGGUAGGGCUGCGGCGCCUUUCUCCGGCCGUGGGGCACCCUGCCUUGGGGAUGUAGGGGGCCGCGGAGCCAUGCGCGGCCCGGCGCUGCCCCGCACCUCGCUGGGGACGGUUAUUCUAAUAUUUGUCUGCGUGUUGACAAAAGAAUCUGUAGAAAUUACUCCAGUGCCAUAUACACUGCAAGACUAUCGGGUAGCUUUGGAUGGAAGAGACCCCUCUAAUCCCAUGAGGAGAGAAAAGAGACAGAUUCAGUGUCAACUGGGACAAUACCUACACCCCAGAGAGACCCACUGCUGCAUGAGGUGUCAUGCAGGUACCUUCAAGGCAAAAGACUGUGAACGGCCUGACCAGGCAACUCUUUGUCUCCCAUGUGCUGCUGGCACCUUCACAGCUGUUGAUAACACCAUGUCAAAAUGUUUCCGGUGCACACGCUGUCGUACAGAACUCCAGCAGAUAGUAGAGAGCCCCUGCACCCCACAGCAAGAUACUGUAUGUGGCUGUCAGAAGAAUCAGUAUCAGRUUAAUUCUGAGUCUGAAUUCUUCCAGUGUAGGAACUGCAGCUCAUGUGCCAAUGGGAUCAUUACCAGCUGUUCAAAGAACAAAGAUGCAGUUUGCAGGUGUAAGCCUCCAUUCUUCCUGUCACGUAAYAAUAUUUGCAAGCCUUGCAACAGCUGCACUGGAGAAGAAUGCUUGCACUGUCACAGCCCAGUGACUGCCUCACCAACUUCAUCUGGGCUGAAUGGAAAUCUUGUACUUGGCAUCUUUGUUGCAAUAUUUGGAGUCACCUCUAUCCUCUUCAUUGCACAUAAAAUAGGAAAGCUGGUCCAGAAAAACAACCUAGUGUCGUCUUUCUACCCCUGUGUUUCUUCACCACAGACAGCCAAGGAGMCAGUAUCAGAGGUUGAGCAAAAGAGAAAUGAAAUUUCCAUCCUUCUUCCUGAGUCCCAGAAGGAAACAGAACUGCCAUUGAAUGCAGCUCCAUCUGCACCUCCGCCACAAAGCUCACAUGAGUUACCAGACUGUGUCAGACCUGCCAGGAAGACACAGCUUCCUGACAGCCCUGCCAUUCUCUACACCGUGGUGCACCAGGUACCUCCGUCUCGCUGGAAAGAGUUCGUGCGGCGCCUGGGCCUGAGCGACCACGACCUGGAGCGGAUCGAGCUGGAGCACCGGCGCYUGCAAGACGCCCAGUACGAAAUGCUCAGACUGUGGAAACUGCAGAUGGGCCGUGCUGCUACUGUGGAGCACAUSAGCAGUGUUCUCAACCAGAUGGAGCUCAGUGGCUGCAGCGAYGCUAUUCAAGAGGCUUUGUUAAACCAGAACUCUCCUCAGCCUUGCAGCCUCCACAACCACCUUUAAUCUAUUUCUGCUUUAGCUGCCUUUGACUGUURAGAGAGGAUCAUAACUCUCUUCCUUUCCCCAUAUCUCUCCAUCUUUCUAACACUCAUCAGCUGGGUUUGUUGGAGACAGCAACAGAUUAUGCUGGAGGAAGGCUGAGGUUUGCUUCUCAACCACCGUAUAGUUCAGCACCUUUAAGCMACCUCAGACAUCUGCAACACCUCCUUUCCUAAGGAGGGAAAGCACCUCAUAAAGGAAGUGGUGUGUGGACUCUGACCAAGAUGCAAACAGGAGCUCUGAGUGACUUAAUGAUAGAUCAGCUUUUGUGGACAAGUUGUUGCUGAAGCAGGUGCUCCGCACAUCAUGUGGUGGGUGAACUUGUAGGGUGAUUUGGCUAAGCUGUCUGUUCAGAUGUUAAAGUACUCACUUACUUCUUGCAGAUCUAUUUUUCUGUGAGAUCAACCAGUUGAAGUGGCUCAUAUUGCAGCCUUUUGAUUGCUAAAUCUGACUCAGAGGAAGUGGUGAGAGGAUGUGCCUGUUUCUGGGAGCAGGAGAGGAUUGCCCCCUCUCGGUCUCAACCAGUAGGUAUUGCUGGGGCAAAAUAACUCCUGGAGAUUCAGAAGUGGUGGCUCCCUCUGUGAGAAACAGGAGGACAUUAUCCCCUCCAGUUCCAGAGGAGUAAGGAUUCCAAGCCAGUGAGUCAGAUGAGAUGGUUGGUGCUUUUUUUCUGAAGUUUUGUUUUUUUUCUAUAUCUAGAAACCAAGUAAGUUAGCAUUAACAAAACACCUGCCUGUGUGUUUGUCCAAGUGCGGGGUGGGAAGGAAUGUGUGCAUGUGCCUGACUGAGGUGGGAGCCAUGCAGCUGGCAGUGUGAGCCCCUCUGCAAAUCUGUGCUUGCACACAGGUUGGUAGGCUUGUGUCUACCUGCUUAUCUACCUUUGGAUGAUUCGAUGAAUCUUAACUGCAAAUGGGACUGUGUAUGUGUCUGUAGAGGUAUUUUAGCAACUGUUGAGUAACUUCACACUACUUCCUGCAGUGAAUUCUGUGAUUGCUACUUGGGGGUGGGAGCCAUCCAAUACCAUCUCCAGGCUCUCAUCAUCACUUUUUCACUGUAAUUACCCUGGGUGAACCARA